UAAGGGCCACAGAUGUCGUAUAAAUGCCCCGCACAUGACAAGGGUUGAAUGUACAGUGCCAAUACUCAACUGAGCCUUUACACAUGACAGUCUGCAUGAAUCCAGACUGGCCUAACAGAGAACAAUCAAGACUUGCCAAAGUUACCGUGAUAAUCCUAUGAUUAUGUAUGCGGGCCAACCUUAUAAAGGAAACCUAUACCGAGCGUUUUCAAAGUGACUGCUCUUCGUUCUUUCUUCAAAAAGAGUGUCCUACAAAUCAAUCUCGAGGACACCAAAUAAAAAUUCAAUCAAUGUGGGGGAACAAUAAUUUUUACUGUUACAAUAAAGUUGCAUUAUGUCAAAUUUGAAAGGAUUUUGUUUGGGAAUGUUGUUUUAAGAAAAUGUCUGCAGUCUCAUUUCUACAAUAAGUGUAAUAUCUAUUUGAGGAAUUGUAUUUAUAUUCAUAUUAUUUCUGAGAAAAGUUUUUUUUUUCCUGAUAGGAAUGAGGUCCUAUAGCUUGUCAAUCCUAAUGCCCACUUUUUGUUUCUCUUCACUGUUCACCAUCAUUUGCUUGAGUGAUUGCAACUUCAGUGUAUUAUUUCAUCAUUUUUCUUGGCUGACAUAGUUUUUGUAACAUUUGCUCCAUCGUUUUGGCACUUUUCCAAAUGCUACAAACUUGUGUAAAAACAAACCAAAAAAAUCCUUAAAUAUUUGACUCAUUGGUAUUUCCAGGGGACAGUGCCAAUGAACAACAGUAUUCAAUGCAAACAUACAUUUUCUGUAGUUAGCGCGCAUGCUAAUUUACACCUGUAGUUCCUUUACGAUGUACUUUUACUAUACUUUAGUGUGACUUUUCCCUUGUAACUAUGACCUUUUUUUCACCGAUUGUCUGUCCUCUGCCUCUAUAGUAAGAUCUCCGUUUUAUACCGUAGUUACCAAAAGUGGCUCCUUGCUCUUUCAAGGGAUUUUCCAACCUGAAUUGGCUUUCAACUCCCAACUCUCAUGUAUCACAAUACAGUUCAGUGGCAGGAAGCUUGAGGUGCCGCCUGCCAGCAACAAGCGAAGCUGGAAAAUUAUUAUGGUAUAAAUGUUUCCAGUUCACACGCAGCACAUCUGGCCCGAAUUCGAUAAUGCUCACCCAAAAUUGACUCGAACAAAACAUUGGAAAGCAAGUGAUAGGAAAUUUGCAACAAAACCAUCUCAACAAUCCCUACUUAAAAAAUCUGCCAUUUUAGUUUGAAGAAUCAGGGGUCCUUUAAAAAAGAACUCCUUGAGAAUUUAAUGCAUUUCCUGGGCUGGUCAACUUGAAAUGAUUGAUCAUCUUCCAUGUGACAUUCUUUCCGUAUUACUUUUGUUAGCAUCUCGCAAAGAUGCUUGAUUGAUGUCAUCAAAUGAACUGAAGUUAGAUCAAAAUAGUCGAUUGUAAGCAAUGCUUUAGUAAGGCAUCACAUCAUACCCUUGCUGAAAUGGAACUCUAAUGGUGACUUUUGCACAGGACCAGGUCAACAACUCGCCUUGACGAACUGACUCCUGCUCUGUAUGUCAAUGAAAUAUUCAGCCCGUUUGUAAUCUGACCAUUGUCAUCGCCAGCAGGCCUCUAGCAAGCAGUGACAUUGCAUCUGCGAAACAAAUCCAUCUUAAACCUGAUCCUGAUGGCAUGAUAGCGGCUGACACACGCCGCGUGUAACAGAAACGCUUUUGUUCUUCAACGGGACACGAGCGCGCUGUCAUCGGAUUCCAAAGCGCUUUCAACACCUUGACGCUUGCUCUUACUUGUGUUGUGUAAUCACAUUUCACUCGCUUCUGCUUUUUCAUGACAAUGUUGACUACACCUGCACCAUUCAAAUUCUGAAAAAUGACAUAAAAUGCCUCAAUUCCUUAAUGUCCAGAAGUCUUUUAUCCAGAUCCUCACCAAAAACCCGACAAAUCAUUUCUAUUUUUUCAAAUACAUUUCAGAACCUGUAAGAAUUUUGUUUGCAGAUGCUUAUUUGCAAAAUUAGUGAAGCACAAUCUAAAACAACAGCAGGUGAGUCGUCACUGUCCAAUGGACAGCACGGGUGCCCAUUAAUACCAAAAAAACGUAAACAUGGAAGAAAAUACUAAGAAACACCCCCAAAAAAUUAGUUGAUAGCUGCUUAGCCGCUUGGAGAUACAUUCAUCGAAUUGAACCAUUACUCAGAUGGAAAAGUGCAUACCUGUUUUUCUUUGUACAGUGAGUACGAUAUAAUAAUACCUACUUUUCCACGUUUAAUUGAAAUUGUCAGACAUGUAUUCUUUUCAAUGUGCUUACUGUUUGCAAUGCAUCAUCGUACAGUUUCAAAUAUUUUGAUUAACUUAUGAGAAGGAUGACACAUGUACCUCUCUGGCUGUGGUAAUGCCAGUGUAUUUUGAACGUUAUUGUGUUUAUAUUACAAUGAUAUCUUGGUGUCUCUCUUAAAGCUGUGAGCAGUGUUGACACGCCCUCAUCAGGAAUGACGCUGUCAAUGUGUGUGUGUGUGUGCGCGUGUGUGUAAAUGUGUAUGCUCUUGUCUUUUUGUCUUAGUGUGGCCCCCACCCUUGACAUCCCACCUUUAUUAUGUGGUCUUCGCUACAGCAACUUGUUUGGAUGAGAUGCUUCCACCAUCAUCAAUUGUUUGUCAAGCUUGGCAUUGUAAAUGCUGGUGAAGUUUUCAGACCACCUUGAUGCAUCCAAAUAUUGUCACAGCAGCCAAUGUGGACACAUGAUCUCUGUGUAUUUGUGUGUGUGUAUCUCUUUCCAUUCAAACAAGCGUAUUUAUUUGUUGCAUGGUAGCCUCGCCGACAUGUGCCACCCUGUCCCCAAGGACUCUGUCACAACCUGAGUGGGCCACCACAGUUUAAACUCCGUUGGCUGUAGAGAUGUGGGAGAGAGAGAAAGAAAGAGAGCCUCGCACACACACACACACACACACACACACACCCUUCCUGUGACACACGCAAACACACACACCUCCCUCCUCACUAACUCUCAGUGUGCCGAGCUUCUCCUGACAGGAGGUGGUGUGGAAAGUUUGACGCGUGCUUGGAAAUGGGAUUCUGAUCAAGCGUGAGGAUCCAACGCGAAGCCAUGCUUGCUGUCGCUUCUUCAUCCAAGCAUAUCGGAGUCCUGUGCCAUGGAAACCGAAACGGGACCACUUGGGAUCACCCUAAGGAUAUGCGCGUGAAAGUGGACUGACUGACGCCAGUCAUGGAGGCUGAGUGGAACUGCAGCUCCCGCUGUGAUUCCGAGCUGUGUCUCAGCCACUCAAAGAUCCACAGGCAGGAGAGCAUGGAGGUGUUGCAGAGACUGUGCAGUCUCAGUCGGAUGUUCAUGGACGUCCGGAGACGCUCGCUCUCCCCGGUGUUGAGCGCCGUGGUAUGGACGCUGCUCUCCUGCGGCAUCCUGCUGGCCUUCUGCUUCCUGCUCUUCACCAUUCGCUUCAAAAACAACAGGAUAGUGAAGAUGUCCAGUCCCAACCUAAAUGUCCUGAGUCUCUUUGGAAGUGUACUCACCUACAGCAGCGGCUUCCUGUUUGCUGUCGAUCCGCGACCGCACCCUCAAAUGGAAGCGUCGACAGCUGUACUACACGCCCGGGUGUGGACUCUCUGUCUCGGCAGCACGAUGGUGUUUGGACCCAUUUUAGGAAAAACAUGGCGCCUGUACAGAGUGUUCACCCAGAGAGUGCCCGACAAGAGAGUGAUCAUCAGAGACAUUCAGCUAAUGGCCAUGGUGGCUCUCUUGAUCCUGGUGGACCUGCUGGUCCUGACUGCCUGGAACCUCUCAGACCCUAUUCGCUGUUCUCGAUCACUUGGUGCAGUCGUUAAGAUGGUGGAUAAGAACAUCUUCUAUUCUUUGUCUCAGCUUGAUUCCUGCUCUUCUGCUUACUCGGAUCUGUGGGUUAUGAUUAUAGUUGUUAAAAAGGGGUGUCUGCUGCUCUACGGCACAUAUCUGGCCGGCCUGACCAGCAACGUCAGCCACCCUCCGGUCAACCAGUCCCCCACCAUUCUCACGGCCGUCUCCUUGGUUACCUUCUGUGCCGGCGUGGCUAUACCGGUAUCCAUCUUCAUGCCGGCUUGGCCCAACGUGGUCUACAGCAUCGUGGCUGGUGCCAUUUUCAUCUGCACGCUCGCCACCAACUGCAUGCUCUUCGUGCCCCAGCUGACCGAGUGGAGGCAUUUUGAGGACGAGCACCACAACCCGAGUCAGAUGGCCAAGUACUUCAGCAGCCCCAGUAAAAGUCAGCCUACAGUCUACAGCCAGGAAGAUAUCUACUUCCUCCUCGGGGAGAACAACUCCAUGAAAAAGCUUCUCAGCGAGAAGAACGCUGUGAUUGACAGCUUGCAAGAGCAGGUGAGCAACGCCAAAGACAAACUUCUGCGUCUGGUGUCAGCCAGCCAAACGUCCGAGGAGCAGGAGGCGGACAACUUCCAGUCCUGCUCCACUCAGACCACAGAACUUCAAUCCUGUCGACUUUCAGCUUCUCUACCUCAUGGCGAUGUCAAGUCCAGACUCUCACCGACACCGCCUGUUUCCCCUCGUCUCGUCGCUGUUCCCUCGUCAACUAGUUGUUCGGGAUCUUACGAUCAUUCCCCUUUGCCAUCUUGUGUAACACCCACCACUGCCCCAUCUCCUCUUUCCCGUGGAUUGGAUGCAGACCCGUGCGAGUUGAGAACAGAGGAUCCACUCCAAUCUUCGAGCUUUCAUAGGACAGCAGAGGAGAAGGCAAAAUUUGUCACGUUCCCACAAUCCCCCAGACUUGUGAACCCUUUUGAGGUAGAAACGUUAACCAGUGGACCAACAUCGCCCUUGGGACCAGACGCCAGACCAGCUGGUUUCGUUCGUAGCGAGAAGUUGCAGGAGAUCCUCCAAGAACUGAGUGUGGACACGGUCUUGGCAACUGUUCUAAAAUCUGCGAGGGUGCCUUCUCAUAGCAGAUUUCCAGAGCAUUCCCCACUUUCACCCAUCUCUCUGCGGACACCGCGUUCCCCGAACUCUCCUGUAGUCUUUCGCUACCCCAGCAUCUCACCCUACGCUAUGCGGAAACGUCGACCGCCUUUCCAUUCUCCAAGACGUGGUUUGACGCCACCUUGCCUUCACACGGAUAGGCGGAUAAGGGACGGCUGUCAGAAUCGAAAGAAGCAUCCGGAGGGAAUCACCCUAAAUGGGGGAGUUUCGGUGGAUGGUUCCAUCCUCCAGGUUCCCAAAUGCAAUUUUGACUUGAAAGAUGAAGAAGUGGGAAGUAUGGCAUCAAGGUCUCACAAAUGUUCUCCAGAGCACGUCAAUACAUCUGACAUGGAGAUGGGUCACGACAGCCAGGAGCUCAGCAAGGAGCUCGCCCGCAGACACAGCGGGGGCCCCCACGGGUACUGGGAUUCAGACUCAAGCAGCUCUACGGAGUACUGUUUCUACCACAGACCCUAUUGCGACUCUUGCUUGCAACGAGGCUCGCUGCUGUCCUCGGACUCCUCGGACAGCGAGUACGAAGGUUAUCAACUCUGCCGCUCUGCAUAUCCGGUGGUGUUCAAGGAAGACCUCAAACCAACAUUUGUGUAAAUACCAUUUGUAUUUUCAAGGAAUACACAAGAUUGAAUAAAAAAACAAACUCGAUAGCGCCGACGCUCAUCUGCAUUUAAUUGUCAUUUAAUUCAUUUGACUACAUUUUGGUGUAAUUGUAUUUAAAG